AUGGGUCUCAUCCAGGUUGUGUGCAUGGGCUACAUAGCAGCCGUCGCUCGGAGCCAAGAACUUCAGGAGUGCAACGUCGCCAACAGGUCCCUUACCGUUGGCAGCACCGGAGACGCGGAUGAUCUGGCAAACUCCGUUAUAUGUUCGAACGGUGACUUCAAUGUACAGUGGGAUGAGGAAGUUUUCGUGACAACAACAAUCCGCGUCAGCGAUGGCACAUCGCUCAACAUCACUGGGACUGGACCAGGCGCAAUCGCGGAUGGGGGUGGCAGUACGCAACUCGCUUUGUCUGGUGGGGCUAUCUCGGCGGCUUACUCUAGCGUUUCGUUAAGCGGAAUCACAUCGUUCAGCUCCAACUCCGCUAACUAUGAUGGAGGUGCAAUUUACGCGUAUGCUUCGAACGUGUCCUGGGAUGGCGACGGCACCCAGUUCAGCUCCAACUCCGCUUACGAUAAUGGAGGUGCAAUCUACGCGUUGGAGUCGAACGUGUCCUGGGAUGGCGACGGCACCCAGUUCAGCUCCAACUUCGCUAACAAUGAGGGAGGUGCAAUCUACGCGUUGGAGUCGAACGUGUCCUGGGAUGGCGACGACACCCAGUUCAGCUCCAAUUCCGCUUACUUUGAGGUGCAAUCUUCGCGUCUCCUUCGAACGUGUCCUGGGAUGGCGACGGAGCAUUCACCUAUCGGUUGGGNCGUGGAUUCACCAGUAGUAGGUCACGUGGCUUCAACAACGCAAUCAUCCGCAGAUGUUGGUGCUGCUGAGAGCGGUGGGUUUCCGACUCAGGGUCACGCUCGGGCCUUGGCUUCCGGCGGUGACCGCCAGCCGGAGCUCCGGCGUGCGGAUGACCAAGUCCAGGCCCACGUUAUGUCGCGUUUGGCCCAUACAGUUGGCGCCCGCAGUUAA